AUGCAGGAAGAUGGCAGUGCAGAUGCGGCGGCCCUGGAGGCGAUCGAGAAGUUGGGUCCGCGGGAGAAGUGGCGCAUCGUGAAGAACAUCGCCGUGCUGGGGUUCGCCUUUAUGAUCCACUUUACCGCGUUCCACGGCACGUCCAAUCUGCAGAGUUCGCUCCACAACGAUGGUUCGCUGGGAGCGUACACACUGGCCUCGAUCUACGGCUCCCUGAUCGUCUCCAAUCUGUUCCUGCCGGUGUUGGUAAUAAGACUCCUCGGCUGCAAGUGGACCAUCGUGGUUUCGUUCGUCGCCUACAUGCCGUACAUCGCGGCCCAGUUCUACCCCUCGUUCGCCACCCUCAUCCCGAGCGGGUUGGCCGUCGGGUUCGGCGGGGGGCCGCUGUGGUGCGCCAAGUGUACCUACCUUUCGAUCAUCGCGGAAGCGUUCAGCAUCGCCACCAGGCGCAAGGUUAAGACGGACUACCUGAUCGUAAAGUUCUUCAGCCUGUUUUUCGUGUUCUACCAGCUCGCGCAGGUGCUCGGCAAUCUCAUCUCGUUCACCGUCCUCUCGUACGGAGAGUCCGGUGAGUCAGGCAAUGAAACGCAGGCUGCAACAGCGACGGUGAACGUGUCGACGACAUGCGGUGCAAACUAUCUCGCUCCGAUCCAUCAGGAGGGACAGGGUGCAGGGAUCGACCUUAAGCGCCCGGAGCCGGAGCAGUUGAACAUUCUAACGGGGAUCUUUUUGGGGUGCAUGGUGGCGGCCAGCGCGUCCGUGGCGGUUGGAGUUGAUUCACUGAAGCGGUAUCGUAUGAUUCGCGCUGGCUCGGCCAAUCAGGUUUCGGGACUUAGAAUGCUGGCCAUCACCUUGCGCCAGCUCGGAAACAAAUAUCAGCUACUUCUGCUGCCCAUAACGGCCUUUAUUGGUGUUGAGCAAGCGUUUAUCGCUGUUGACUUCACAAAGUCAUUCGUUGCCUGCGGACUCGGUAUCAGCUACAUCGGGUACGCGAUGAUCAGUUUCGGGCUGGCAAACACCGUCGCGGCCGCCUUCACGCCUUAUAUCACCAAACAUCUCGGCCGAAAGGUGCUCAUCCCGCUGACGGCGCUUUUCCACACUGCCCUUAUCGUGUUCAUGUUGCUCUGGAAGCCAACGGAUGAGUAUUACAAGUACUCCAUCAUCGUAGCCUGCUGGGGUUUAGCUGACGGCGUUUGGCUCAUUCAGAUCAAUUCCCUAAGUGGAAUCCUUUUUCCGGGCAACGAGGAGGCGGCGUUCAGCAACUUUCGUCUGUGGGAAGCAUCCGGGUCGGUGCUAAUGUACGCAACCAGCCCAUUCCUGUCCACCUUCCAGAAGCUGCUGUUUGUGCUCGCGAUCAUGAUUGUCGGCACGAUCGGAUACGGACUUAUCGAGUUGAUGGAAUACCGGAUAAAACGUGCCGAGAUUGGAAAACGGUUCGAGCCCGUCAGUCAGGAACUGAAUGAAAAUUAAUUCAAAGGACUUC